AAUGCAGCAUCAAUAAAUGGGGAAAGACCUCUUGAUAUUUUAGUACAGAGUAUGAUUAACGACAUAUACGAUCUCAAGGGGAACAAGGUAAAGGGCGAACAAUGCAGCUUUUUAACGGUAGACAUGUCGCUGUUGAAUCUACUAGUUUGUGGAGGUGCAGAUUUAUGUCCUGCUACAAUUGAUCCAAUCGCACCACCAAAAAACAAAAAACUGUCCUCUCGACCAAUACAGCUACAAAAUACAAAUCGCUCAGUCUUAUUCAUGUUUAUAAGUAAUGGACUCUUCAAAACUGCUGAAUAUUUACUACGAAGUGGAUGGGAUGUUAAACAAGAAGAAUGGUUUGAUGAUUUUGAUGUCUCAAAGUUAGAUCUUAGAAAUAUAAGAGUCUACAAACAGAAUGAAUAUGAAGAAAGAAAAGCAGAAUUUCAAUCAUACCUGGAAAACAUUGAUACGGGUCCAAAAUCCUUAACAAAUAUAUGCAGAAAAUCAAUUCGAUCUCAACUCCUAAUGGUGUCAAAUGGUUCUGAGAUUGAAACAAAGAUUUCAGCACUUCCGCUUCCACCAAAAAUCAAAUUUUUCUUAUCUUUGAAGGAAUUUAUGAACGACAUCGAAAGUAUUGUGAUAAAAAAUAUGGAUUACAUGUUUGUUUAUGAUAGAGACGAUGAUUCCUUUGAUUCAGAUCUAGAUUGGUAACAAAAUAUGCCACCAAUGACUGUAAUGCGAAUUUUCUACCUUACUAUUUUGUAAAAACUCAUCUUUCAUGUAAAUCUUUAUUGUCGUUAUUAUUUUUGACUUUUCACAUUUAUUCGUACUUAAACAUGUAUUAUUAAUGUAGUUAAUUGCAUUAGAGAGAUUUUGUCUAUCUACCACUAAGAGAUACUAACUCGCAUGUUUCAGUUCAAUUAUAUAUUAGCCGUAAAACUGACAAAACCUGUCAGGAUUGUAGAACAGUUCUAAAGGUAAAAACCGUGCUGUGAUGAUAAUUUCUUAUUUAAAUAUAUUUCAUUCUUUUGAUUUAUAUUUACUACAAAGAUUUUUUGAAACCUUUCAGUGGAUAGAACUGACGAACUCAAUUCUAGCUAAAGAACUGUUCAAAUGAGUUCUUAUAGUAGAAUUGUUCUAGUCGUAGAACUGUACUAGCAGUAGA